GGCCAAACAUAUUACUUAAAGCGAUGUAAAAACUUUGACAAAUUGUAGAUAUUCAUCAUUAUUCCCAUUUAACAUGAAUUAAAAACCUUUACUACAACGGUUGUCAUAUAUGCAACGUAAGGUAGUUUCCACGAAACAUUGUGUCGGUGCUAUUAGUUAUUUUCUGCCGCUAUUAUAAAUUUUCUCACACAACUGUACUGUACUGUGCUUGGAAUGUUUCACGCAAUCUUGCAAUGAUGACGCCUGCCACCAUGUCCUUUAUUAGUGAAUUCCUGCAGCAGACUGUGUAUAUGGGCAAGCGAGAUGACUCAGCCUUUCCCAAACAGGGUGGCACCGUGACCCCUGACCCUCAUUUCAGUGCCGUUGGGGACACUGGCAUCUUGGAUAAGGCCAUCAAAGCCAAAGGUGUGGAUGAGAACACCAUCAUUGAUGUGCUGGCUAAGAGGAGCAAUGCCCAGAGACAGCAGAUCAAAGCUUCCUACGAAAAGUCUAGUGGCAAGCCUCUGGACGCUGCCUUGAAAUCAGCCUUAAAGGGGGAGCUGGAGGAUGUGGUUCUGGCACUGCUCAGAACGCCAGCCCAAUAUGAUGCCCAACAGCUCAGACUGGCCAUGAAGGGAUUGGGUACCGAUGAGGACACUCUGAUUGAGAUUCUGGCCUCCAGGACCAAUAAGGAGAUCAGAGAGAUCAAAGUAGCCUAUAAGGAAGAAUACAAAAAGGAGCUGGAGGAUGAGAUCAAGUCUGACACAAGCGGAGACUUUAGGACUGCCCUGCUCUCACUCUGCAAGGCCAACAGGAGUGAGGACACCACUGUGAACCUGGAGCUUGCUGACAGUGAUGCCAGGACCCUGUAUGAGGCUGGAGAGAAGAGGAAAGGGACCGACUGCUCGGUCUUCAUAGACAUUCUGACCACCAGAAGUGCUCCUCAGCUCCGCCAAACCUUUGAGAGGUACUCCAAAUACAGUAAAGUGGAUGUGGGAAAGGCUAUUGACCUGGAACUGAAGGGAGACAUUGAGAACUGCCUGAAAGCUGUAGUUCAGUGUGCUGGAAGCAAGGCUGCUUUUUUUGCUGAGAAACUCAACUUGGCAAUGAAGGGUAAAGGAACUAGGACCAAGGUUCUGACCCGGGUCAUGGUGAGCCGGUCUGAAGUUGACCUGGCCUGGAUCAAACAGGAGUACAAGAAUAAAUUUGGGAAAACCCUCUACCAGGAUAUUCUCGAUGACACCCAGGGAGACUACGAGAAGAUCCUACUGGCCCUGUGUGGAAGUGAGAACUAACUUCCUCCAAUCUCACCUGUCAAUUACUAUAACCGUGCCAAUGGAGAAUCCUUCCCAAAACAUACACAUCCAAUGUGCAUAUUUCUAUGUGCAUAAUAUAAUUAUUCAUGGCAACUGUUGGAAAUUGCGGUCAACAGCAAUGAGUAUCUGUCAACAGCAAUGAGUAUAGUGAAGUGCAAAAUUGAAUGGGAAACAUUUCCCUGUUGCUGUCUACUAUAUUAAUUUAGUAUAGCUUCAGCAGGCUUAGUAACCCAUAGUGCAAGAUUUCUUCACUUUUGUGCUCAAAGAAUAUUAAGUGGCAUUGUACCAAUUAUGACUGCUCCUAUGGCCAAAUAAAGCUUUUUGUAAUUUCAAAUUUUC